AUGAAGAACGCCCAUUUGCCAGAGGAAUCCAAGGAACCAAUCUCUCCUGGAUCUUCUCACCGGAAUCACGAGAAGCAAUGCAAGGCGGCCACGGCGACAUGUUUGCCGGAGACGACUGUGUUGUCGGGACGAGAGAGGCUAAAGAGACACCGAGAAGAAGUUGCCGGAAACGUUCCGAUACCUGAGAGUUGGGGGAAAGAAGGAUUGCUUAUGGGGUGGAUGGAUUUCUCGGCCUUCGACGCUGCUUUUACUUCGAACCAGAUUGUCUCUGCUCGAGCUGCGUUAAUGGCCGACGCCGGAGAUGAUGCCGGAGCUAGAGGAAGUCGGUCUCAACGGCUCCGGGUUGAGAGCUCUUGUUGA